AUGCCGAAGGUUGAGUUUCUAAGGGCGUUGACCUUUGUUUUGGACUCUACCUUCUUCGUAUUUAAUGAACAAUAUUACCAGCAGAAAUUUGGUGCUCCCAUGGGGUCACCCCUGUCUCCAAUUAUUGCUGAUAUAGUGAUGCAGGAUUUGGAGACGGAGGCCUUGGAUAUCUUGGGAGUUCCACUUCCAUUUUAUUUUAGAUAUGUGGACGAUAUUUUGACGGCAGUUCCAAUAGAUUCAAUUGAUCAUGUCUUGACAGUGUUUAACUCGUUCCAUGAGAGGUUACAGUUCACAUUAGAAAAUGGAGUUGACAAGAUCAAUUUUUUAGAUUUGACAUUAAUCAAAAAUAAAGAUAGAUUAGAGAUGGACUGGUAUCACAAACCUACUUUUUCGGGACGAUAUCUUAACUUUUUGUCUGCACACCCAUUAUCACAAAAAAGAGGUGUGUAUGCGCAACAAUCCACAGAUAUUAAUUCAAGUAAUGAGCAGCAAUUAGCCACACAGCAAAAAGAAUUGGAUAUUGCACACAUAUCCAAAAAGCAAAAAAUAGAACAACAACAUUCAGCAGAAACAUCAUCUGCAAUACAACAGCAAUAUAACGGAGACAAACUUUUAGAAAAUAUCUGUCCAACUUCCCCAUCUGCAUCUUCUACAUCUAUGAAUACAGAAUAUGAUA